AUGGGCCAAUCGUCUGGAGAACUACACACUGCUUCAGUGCUUCGAAUGCGACGCAUUAUGAAGUUCAUGGGAAUGUUGCCCAUGUGGGAAAACAUUUUCGCGAAAGUGCUUUGCAAUUUAGGAUUGCUUAUUGUAGUGGGCGUAUCAGCAUAUUGGCGCUUCAGUUUUGAAUAUGAGUUCGACUACGAUUUCCUGAACGAUCAUUUUUCCAGCACCCUUGAUCUUGCAAACUUUGUGGCGCUGGUGGGAACUCAUCUGAUCAUUGUACUGGAGCUUUUGUGGUCAAAUUGCAGCAAGGAUGUCGAAAAACAGCUGCAGGAUAUACACAUCGAAAUGCAUGUCUACCUGGGCACUCCAAUGAGCACGGACAGAGUUCGUCGCUACUGCAACGGCAUUUAUGGUUCAUUAGUAAUCCGAUGGUCAUUCUUCUUAUUGGUCACGUUGCUCAAUAAUCGCGCUCUUGUUAAAUAUGCCUUCUAUUCGGAAUUAGUUUUGCUGGCUCGUUUUUCCGAGUUUUCUCUAUACUGUGCUGUGAUUUUAUUCCUAUACGAGGAACUUAUCGUUGGAGCUGCCAAUGUUCUCGACGAGUUGCAAAGAACCAGAUUCGAGAUAUGGACCAUACGCCGCUUGUCACGAGAGAAGUUGGCCAAAAUUCAGAGAAUCCAUGGCUCAUUAUGGCAAGCCAUUCGCUGUGUGGAGCGUUACUUUCGAUUCAGCCUGAUCAGCUUGCUCUUGAAGUUUUUUAUAGACACUUCGGCAUUACCAUACUGGUUUUACCUCAGCAAAGUGGAGAAAACAGAAGGGUUAAUUCAACAUUAUGUCGCUGCAGAUGAGUUGAUCAAAAUUUUGGAAAUUGUUUUGCCAUGUUAUAUUUGCACACUUUGCGUUGCAAGGCAGAAAAAGUUGCGAUCGAUGUUCUACACAAUCACCACAGAUCGUCGAAAUGGCCAACUAAACUCGGAAAUUAGACGUCUAAAUUUGCAGUUGAGUCAGGAGAGAUUUUAUUUCAGUGCAGGAGGAAUGAUGGAAAUCACAAACGAGAUGUUGGGCAAGUUCCUGUUCGGAAUGGUUAGCUACAUUCUGAUCUGCAUUCAGUUCAGCAUCAACUUCAGAGCCAGAAACCCCAGCAAUUCAACACAAGCUACCACUCCCAAUGCCCAAAUUUAA